AUGGAAGAUGAUGCAAACCACCACACAAACUGGCGUGAAACUUUGAGAUUAAUUGAAGAAGAAAGGAGGGAGAGUGAUGCUAGAAUGGCAUUGCUACAAGACCAAGUAAGACAACUCUCAAUUCGACUUCAACACCAACGUGAAGGAGGUGAAGAUUCGGAUGAUGCAAGUGAAGUAACUUUGCGCCCUAGAAGGUUCAAUCCUCGACCUUCUAAUGAUAUUAAGGUUGACAUACCUGACUAUGAUGGCAAGCUUGAUCCUGAUGAGUUUGUUGAAUGGAUUAGAACUAUUGAGAGAGUGUUUGAUUACAAGCAAGUUCCGGAGGAUAAAAGAGUGAAACUUGUAGCCUUGAAAUUAAGGAAAUAUGCAUCCACUUGGUGGGCGAGCAUAUGUGCCAAAAGAGAAAGAAUGGGAAAGGAGAAAGUAAGGAGUUGGGAGAAGAUGAAGAAACUUCUCAAACAAAAAUUCUUGCCAACUUACUAUGUGCAAGAAAAUUUCUCAAAAUUCCAUCAUCUGAAUCAAGGAAGUAAAACAGUUGAAGAAUAUGCAAGGGAGUUCGAGGCUUACAUCAUGAAAUGUGAUGUCUUGGAGGAUGAACCUCAAACACUAGUGCGAUUCUUAGGAGGUUUAGACCCUUCUAUUGCAAAUGUGGUUGAGUUGCAUUCUUACUCAACCUUAGAAGAGCUAGUUCUGUUGGCUCACAAAGUGGAACGUCAAAACAAAAACAAAUCCAAAGGUAAAUGGGACUCUUCUCGUACCUUUACUAAACCUACCCCCUAUUCUAAACCAAACACCACCCUUUCUAAACCAAACACUUCCUACUCUUCUAAGCCACCCCAAAAGAAUGAAGUCAAACCUACUGUGCCAAAUACACCCCGACGGUGCUAUAGAUGUCAAGGAUUAGGGCACAUUGCCUCUGAAUGUCCUAACAAAAAGGUCAUAACUCUUGCGGAGUAUGAAGCCAUAGAAGAAGGAUACGAAGAGGAGGAAGAGGAGGAGAAUAUGGAGGAGGAAGAAGAGGGACGUUACAUUGGACCUGAUGAUGGUGAAUGUUUAGUGGUUCGAAGAGCUCUUAGUGGUAUACCUACUAAUGAGGAACAAUUGCAAAGAGAGGCUAUCUUUCACACGAGGUGCACCAUAGGAGGCAAAGUUUGUUCCUUAAUCAUAGAUGGAGGCAGUUGCACCAACGUAGCCUCACAAACCUUGGUUACUAAGUUAAACCUACAAACUAAUCCUCACCCUAACCCAUAUGUCAUACAAUGGUUGAAUCAAGGAAAAGGAAUACAUGUUUCUUCACGUGUAUUAUUAGCUUUCACCAUUGGAAAGGAGUAUAAGGAAGAAUUGUGGUGUGAUGUUAUCCCCAUGGAUGCGUGCCAUGUUCUAUUGGGAAGACCUUGGAUGUUUGAUAGAAAGGUAAUACAUGAUGGUUACAAGAAUACUUAUGCUUUUGUGAAGAAUCAAAAGAAGAUUGUCCUAACCCCUUUAUAUCCACGGCACAAAGAACAUACCAACAAUCCAACCAAAAAUCCAGUAUCCCUCACCACCCUCAUCAAAUCAUCUUACCAUGAAUAUGAGUCAUUCCAAGAGCUCAUUUUAGUGGUUUAG